AUUCUGUUUUUUGGUGAAAUUUGGUCAUGCAACCAAGCGGUAACACAAACAGCAACAGCGAGUGAAUUUAAUUUUAAAUUAAAAACAAUUCCAAUCGAUUGAUUUCCCUUAAAGUGCCAUUGGGGAGUUUAAUUUCCAAUUUUUGCCAAUUCAUGUUCUCGUAUUUAUGUUAACCUUAAUCGACCUACAUAUAAAUAAAUAAAUAAAAUUAUGAAAUAAAACCAAAAGUGCGUUGUUGUAAAUUUUGUGGCUUCGGUUCAUUUUCUUUGUGUGGCUAUCUUGAACUGGAUACAUUUGAAGAAAUCUUCUUUAACUGAACGAAAAUGCUUUAUUGUCCACCUAACGUCACUUUAUCCCAACUAUGGGUCAACCACGGCAUAUCGCAUUGCCUGAUGGAUACGGUUGGCUCUUCUGUUAUUGCUGGUUUCAUACUUUUAUUUGGCACUAUUCAAUUAAUUAUGUAUAAGAAAUAUGCCACGAGAAUAACAGAUCUAAGCCAAAUAUCAAAAUCACGUCUUUAUGGGCUACAGUUGUUCUUGUUGGGAAUGUUUCCAUUACUUUUCGUCAUUCGAUUUCUCUUGAUGUACUUUGUGUAUGAAAAGGGUGAUAUUUAUGGAUAUAUGAUUCUUACAGUUGUGCUAACUUGCCUGGCUUAUCCUUUUUCUAUUUGUUUGGUUAUAAAAGAGAGAUUUUAUCAAUUACCUUCUGUACCGACACGUGGUCAUGGAUUGGUGUUACUUUUGUUCUGGACACUUGGCUUUAUCAACGAAAAUUUGUCCUUCGUAAAUUUGAGACAAGAAGAUUGGUGGUUUGGUCUAAAGAGUACAAAGGAUAAAGUCGAAAUGGGAUUGUUUGGUUGUCGCUACAUAUUUUCUUUGUUGAUAUUCGUCCUUGGGCUUAAGGCUCCGGGUCUUUCUUGGCCUUACCACCGAGAUGGAAAUGAACGCGAGGAGCUGGUUAACCCAAAUGCAAGUCGAUCGGCAUUUCACAAUGCAUGGAAGAAACUUCGUCGGCUACUUCCUUAUCUCUGGCCUAAGAAAGAUUUUUGGUUGCAGCUUGCUGUAAUGGUUUGCAUCAUUUUACUGAUAGGUGGACGUAUAAUCAGAUUAUUCCUGCCAAUCUAUCGUAAAAAACUUGUUGACAGUUUGACAGAAGAACCUAUCACAUUCCGAUGGGACUUUGUGCUUAUAUUUGUGGGUUUGUCAUUUCUACAAGGCGGAGGAACUGGUACGAUGGGUCUAUUAAACAAUCUCCGUUCAUUCCUUUGGAUUCGAGUACAACAAUAUACAACUCGAGAAAUCGAAGUGGAUCUAUUCAGACACUUGCAUAACUUAUCACUACGCUGGCAUUUGCAGAGGAAAACUGGAGAAGUACUUCGUGUGAUGGAUCGUGGAACUGAUUCGAUAAAUAAUCUUCUCAAUUACAUAAUCUUCUCUAUAACUCCGACUAUCAUUGACAUUUUGGUUGCUGUCGUUUUCUUUGUUUAUGCCUUCAAUUGGUAUUUCGGUCUAAUUGUGUUCCUAACGAUGUUUUUGUAUAUAAUGUGCACAAUUCUAAUUACUGAAUGGCGUACAAAAUUUCAAAGGCAAAUGAAUCAAGCUGAUAAUGAACAAAGGGCACGUAGUGUUGAUUCUUUGUUGAAUUUUGAAACUGUUAAGUAUUAUGGAGCAGAACAGUAUGAAGUUGAUGCAUAUAGAGAGGCCAUAUUGAAAUAUCAGAAAGAAGAAUUUCGUUCACUUGUUACUCUAAACAUAUUGAAUACAUCUCAAAACAUCAUCCUGUGUUUGGGACUUUUAACCGGCUCCCUACUUUGCGUGUAUCUCGUAGCAAAUCAUAAAAUUCUAACAGUCGGUGAUUAUGUUCUCUUCUUUACUUAUCUCAUGGACUUGUAUAUGCCAUUGAAUUGGUUCGGAACAUAUUAUCGAGCGAUACAAAAGAAUUUUGUCGAUAUGGAAAAUAUGUUUGAUUUGCUUAAGGAAGAAGAAGAAGUCUUUGAUGCUCCAGGAGCUUCAAAUCUCUUAUGUUCAGGCGGUAAAAUUGAAUUCUCCAAUGUAACCUUUGGUUAUAGUCCAGAAAAAAUAGUUCUACGCAAUAUUAGUUUUACCGUCAAUUCCGGUAAGACUGUUGCAAUCGUUGGUCCUUCUGGUGCUGGAAAAAGUACCAUUGUUCGGCUGCUUUUCCGAUUCUAUGACGUAAUGCAUGGAGGUAUUCUUAUAGAUGGACAAAAUAUAAAGCUGGUUAAACAGAAUACACUACGUCAGUGUAUUGGAGUUGUGCCCCAAGAUACUGUUCUAUUUAAUAACAGUAUAUUCUAUAACAUUGAAUAUGGAAAAAUUGGUUCAUCGGCUGAUGAAGUUUUCGAAGCCGCCCGCAAUGCUGACAUGCAUGAACGCAUUCUAUCUUUCCCAGAUCGAUACGAUACAAAGGUAGGUGAGCGAGGUCUUCGAUUAAGUGGUGGCGAGAAACAAAGAGUAGCCAUUGCAAGAACGCUACUAAAAUCACCAGUGAUAGUGCUGCUCGAUGAGGCGACUAGCGCUUUGGACACACACACCGAACGCAACAUUCAGGCUGCUCUAGCAAGAGUUUGUGCUAAUAGAACAACGAUAAUCAUUGCACAUCGGUUAUCAACUGUUAUUCAUGCCGAUGAAAUACUUGUGCUCCAAGAUGGCGGUAUUGCUGAACGAGGUCGCCACGAAGACUUGGUGCAACGAAAUGGUGUCUAUGCUGGAAUGUGGAAUCAACAGCUACAAAAUUUAGAUGCUACAACAACUAGUAGUGAUAGUGAAACUGACAAAACUGAUGGUGUUUCCAAAAUGACCACCACUGGAGGAUCAGUAAUUAAGACAAUGCAUCAUCAUCAUCAUUAGAAGAAGUUAACGAACGUCUUCAAAGUUGUUGUGAACUUAUGUUAGAUAAUAAAUUAUGUAAAGUAUUUAAAAUUUGAAGUGUAGGCAGCUUGUUUUGAAAGGUGAUUGUGUAAAGUAAAAAAAAACAAAAAAAAACAUUGUGUAUGAGAAAAGCUGACUUAGAAAUUAAACUAUUUUUAAUAACAAAAU